AUGAAAAACCGCCAUGGAUUUUCCUCUGCUCCUAGAUCUUCUCCUCGAGCUUUUAACGUGAACAGUUUCGGUGCUAAAGCCAACGGAAACGACGAUUCUAAGGCAUUCAUGAAAGCUUGGGAAGCAGCUUGUUCGUCAACCGGAAUAGUUUAUGUCGUGGUUCCGAAUAGUAGAGCUUACAUUCUUAAACCGGUUAAAUUCUCCGGUCCAUGUCAAUCAUCCUUGAUUGUUUUUAAGAUUUACGGAAAGAUUGAGGCAUGGAAAAAUCCAUCAGACUACAAGGAACGUAGGCACUGGAUUGUGUUCGAGAAUGUCGAUAACCUUCGUGUUGAAGGAGGUGGCCGGAUCGACGGUAAUGGAAAUAUUUGGUGGCCAAAUUCUUGCAAAAUCAACCCUCAACUUGCGGUUACGUUUGUGGAGUGCAAUAACUUGAAGGUAAGUAACAUUAGGUUGGAAAACGCUCAGCAAAUGCAUUUGACGUUUCAAGAAUGCAAGAACGUCAAGGCUUUGCAUAUUAUGAUUACAUCUCCGGCUAAUAGUCCUAACACCGAUGGCAUUCACGUUACCGGUACUCGCAAUAUCCUCAUUCAAGACUCUGUCAUCCGAACUGGUGAUGAUUGUAUAUCGAUAGUGAGUGGGUCGGAGAAUGUGAGAGCGACGGGCAUUACAUGCGGGCCUGGUCAUGGAAUCAGCAUUGGGAGUUUGGGAGAAGAUAACUCAGAAGCAUAUGUUUCAAAUGUGGUAGUCAACAAAGCGACUCUUAUAGGAACCACGAAUGGAGUGAGAAUCAAGACUUGGCAGGGAGGACAUGGAAUGGCAAAGAACAUCAUAUUCCAAGACAUCAUAAUGAAAAACGUUACAAACCCAAUAAUCAUCAACCAGGAUUAUUGUGAUCGUGUUGAAUCAUGUCCCGAACAGAAAUCGGCGGUACAAGUGAGCAAUGUGUUGUACAAAAACAUCCAAGGGACGAGCUCAAGACCCAUAGCCGUGAAAUUUGAAUGCAGCAAGAGCAUUCCAUGUCGAGGCAUUUCAAUGCAAAACGUUAAAUUGGUUGAUCAAACUCAGCAAGAUGUCUCCAAAGCUUCUUGCUCCAAUGUGAAGUUGGACACCCGAGGACGUGUUUCUCCUCUUUGCACUUGA